AUGGAUGCGGAUACUGCUUGUAUGCUGACAGUUAGGAUGGAAACAAGCCGUGAGAAUAGCGAUGGUCUCAAGCGAUAUGUUGGCGGCUUUGAUUUUCAUCUAUUCGUAGAACCUAGUAUCACACACAAAACGUUGCUGCACAAGCUGUGUGAUACCUAUCCAUGGGGGUGGCGUGAUUACGUUGAGUUAAAGUACUAUGACAGGGAGCAGAAUAAAUGGGUUGCUGUUGUAUGUGAUGAUGAUGCAGCUUUGAUGUUUGGAAAACAUCAAGAUUCAAAGAAAAUAUCUAUGCAAAUUGAGGUUCUUCAAAAAUCCCAAACUCCUAGCACACCUAGCCAUAAUCCACCUACACAACCUUGUUACAGUGAGAGUCAACAUACAGGGAGUCAGGCAGUUGAUGUUGAUACAGUCAACAUACAGGGAGUCAGGCAGUCUAAUAGUGUUGACGAUGCUAAUAGAGACAUAACCGAUGAUGUUAUACCUGAUGAUGCUAUUCUCUCGGAUAAUGAUGAUGAGCGGCAGUAUCCAGACUUAGUCAAGAAGUCUACCAAAGAAGAUGAUUCGGCAGAUAUGGAAGAGGAAGAUAAUCCUCCAGCAUAUGAAUCCACUGACACUGAAGAGGAAGAAGAGAAUAGAGACAUGGGUUUAGUUGAUGAAGAGGAAGAGGAGGAGGAGGACAGACCUGUUGUAGUAUAUAACAAGGAGAAUCCAUUAUUUGCAGAAGGCUCGGUAUUCCCCUCUUUGUUGGACUGCAAGAAUGCACUUUCUACGUUUGCAAUUAAACGUGAAUUUGACUAUACAGUCGAAAAGAGUGAUUCUAAGAGGCUGAGAGCAAGUUGUGCAUAUAAGAGGUGUAAGUGGAGAAUUCAUGGCUCUUAUAUGAGGAAUAGCACAAUAUUUCAGAUCAAGGUGUGUCCUUUCUCUCAUACAUGCCCAACUAAGCUGAGAAGUGAGAAGUUUAAGCCGGCAAAGAGCAGGUGGGUUGCUGAUGUUGUGCUGGAGUGGGUGAGAAAGAACCCAGAUAUUGGCCCUACUGCUCUUCAAGAGAAGAUCCAUGAGAAGUACCACUUCACGGUGCCAUACAUGCGUGUAUCUCGUGGUAAGGACAAAGCAAUGGAUAUGAUUAGUGGAAAAUGGGAAGAUAGCUUCCAUCGUCUCUAUAGUUUCAAGGUUGAGGUGGAGAAGUGUUCUCCUGGUAGUGUAGUGGAAAUAGACAAAGAAACUGUGCAGUACAAGAUCAAAGGAAAAGUGAGGGAGAAGGAAUGCUUUAGGAGGGUGUUUGUUUCAUUCGAGGCAUGUUGGCAAGGCUUUUUAAAUGGAUGUCGACCAUACUUGGCCGUAGACUCAACUGCACUAAAUGGGAGAUUCAAAGGGCAACUAGCUUCUGCUUGUGCCAUUGAUGGCCGUAAUUGGCUUUACCCAGUUGCAUAUGGGGUGCUAGAGACAAAAUCAUCUGAAAGUUGGGCUUGGUUUCUCCAAAAUCUGCGUGGGCUUAUUGGGCAUCCUGAAGGACUAGUCAUACACACUGAUGCUUGCAAAGGUUUAGAGACAGCAGUAGAACAAGUGUGGCCUGGAGUGGAGCAUAGGGAGUGUAUGAGGCAUCUUGCUGCAAAUUUUCGAAAAAAAUUCAAGGGCAAGGUCUAUGAUGAUAGUCUUUGGGCUGCAAGCUUAACUUUCAGCUCUAGAAAGCACAACUGGCAUAUGAAACAGAUCCUUGCUAAGAAGAGUGUCCAAAAAUAUAUGGCUGAACACCACACAAAGAUAUGGUAUAGAAGCAAGUUCAAUGAAAUACGCAAGGUUGACUACGUCAAUAACAACCUCGCAGAGUCAUUUAAUAGCAAAGUCAGAAAAGUUAAGUCUCUUCUUAUUGUCGACAUGUUGGAUAAGAUUAGGCAGAUGAUAAUGGAGAAGUUUGAUCUGCGGAUGAGGAUAGCAUUAGAAAAAUGGCUUGGCCAUCUCAUAAUACCAAGUGUGAUAAAGGCACUGCAUGCCAAAUCCAAAGGGCUGAAGAUGAUGGUAAUUAGACGCAGUGAUGUUGAGGCAGAAAUUACUGCAGUGGACAAAGAGAAUAGGGAAUGGAGGUACCCUGUUGACAUCGCAAAGGAAACAUGUAGCUGCAGGCAAUGGCAGGUCAAGGGUUUGCCAUGUAUCCAUGCCCUGUACUUUAUUACUUCACUACGAGGUCCAGUAUCAGAAAUUGAACCAUAUGUACAUGAGUUCUACUCCGUUGCAAAAUUUAAGGCUGCGUAUGCGGACAACAUACCUGCAAUGGUAGGCAAGCAACAAUGGGACAUUGUUGACCCUGGCUUCAAACUACAUGCUCCAAUGUUGAGGAGGCCAAAAGGCCGACCAAGGAAGACUAGAAUUAGAUCUAGUGCUGAAGGUGCUGGCGUGGGCGCUAGGAAAAGGAAGUGCAAGCGAUGCGGAGGUUUCGGGCACAUUGCCAGAUUGUGCACAAAUCCAGUUGACCCAACAUUUGGAGAAGAUGAGGCUGACCUCCAAGCUAGGGAAGCCCCUUUUGUGGCAGGAGAAGGCGACCCUGAACUAUCAAUGGUUGCAAGUUCUGCUAGGUAA